AUGAGGCCGUUCGUUCGUUCCGCGUCGGCAGGCCUGUCCGUUCUGCUGUGUUGCCUAGCAUUUUCCGUAGCGUUCGCCGACGAUGCGCAAGUAGAAACCGGAUUCAUUCUCUGCGAGGAUUUCGGCGACCACGCAGCUUCAGCCGCUGCGGUCCACAACAUAUCCGUCUGCGCCUUCGUACUGCAAGGCGAGCCAGUCGAUUUCGACCUCACCCCCUCUGCGACCACCAGCACCCCUGCGGUCGUCGGCGAUGAGUUUUCGCUUCGGCGAAACUUGCUGGGCGGCGGCGCGACGCCUGUAGCGAUCCAGCUGGCGCAAGGGCUGCUGGGAGAUGUGGGGACGGUCCGAACUCAGGCGACGACGGGAGCGGGUUGGGUAGUUAUGGGCUCCCUCCUCACGCAGUCGCUACUGAUCGGCAAGAGCCUGGUCUGGGCGAUCAAGGAUAUGGUCGACAUGUACCGCACGCGCCCGCGAUCCACGCAGCAGCUUCAGGACGCGACUCGCAACGUGAAUCGCGCGUAUUCCAACCAGCAGACGCUGCUGAUGGUGCUCAACAGAAACCCUCAGACCCAGCAGUCCAAGCAGCUCUCGUCCAUACGCGAUGAAGUCGCAUCCAUGACCCCCAAGUUCACGCAGCUGCUCUCCCUGCUCGCCACGUGGCGCCAGCAGCAGAUCCACGCCAUCACUCGCCUGCGUUUCGAUGCGGAACCUUCCAGCCUCGCCGUUACCCAGGCCGUGCCGGCCGAGUCGGGAAGCGGAAACGGCGGCCAGAAGCUCGUGGUAACUCUUAAUCAUAAAGACAGGAACAACAACAACGACAAUAACAACAAUAAUAACAACAACAACAACAACAACAGCAACAAUAACAAGAAGGACAAGAAGAACAAGAAGAACAAGAAUUCCUCGGGUGGUUCAUCGAACUCCGGCGGCCAGGGCUCGAAAGCGGGCAAGAAGGCGAAGGUUGGGGCGACUCAGGUGAUCAACGCGGUUGUAGCGGCAGACGGCAGCGGGGAUUACAAAUCGAUUCAAGACGCUGUGGACGCGGCUGGACCAGGUUCAACGAUUCGCAUCAAGGCGGGAGUAUACAAGGAGCAGAUUCAAGUCAGCACGGAUCGCAUCAAGAUGAUUGGAGCAGGGAUAGAUCAGACGGUUAUUGUGAACGACGCCAGCCAGAGCGGAGGUUACGAUAUUAUCACCUCUGCCACAGUGGGAGUCAACGCGGAUAAUUUCGUCGCUAUGAGCUUGACGAUUCGCAACUCAGCUGGCAUGGCGGGCCAGCAGGCCGUGGCGCUCCGUGUCGACAGCGACCAAGCCGCGUUUUACGCCGUCCGAAUUUCGGGAUUCCAAGACACCCUGUUCGCCAGCACGGGUCGCCAGUACUACACCAACUGUUUCAUCGACGGGGCUGUGGAUUUCGUGUUCGGCGACGCGGCUGUUGUGAUUCGUAAUUCGCAAUUGAAGGUCCAAGCGUCGCAGUACGACACGACGAUCACAGCGUCGGGUCGCAUCAGCAAGACCUCCAACACUGGGAUUGUCAUCAUGGACUCCCGCGUGGUGUCGUUCUCGCCGCGCGCGUACCUCGGGCGACCGUGGAAGACCUACGCGGUCUCGGUGUAUAUCAACACGAUGCUCCCAAAUCUGAAGGAUAUUAUGCUCUCUGAUAUUAAAUCCAACAUGGCUUUCCCGCGUGGGUGGACACGAGCUAAACCGUCAACCCUCUCCCUGAAUGCCGAUUCCCUCGCUCUUCGCUCCCCUUCCCAGAACCAACCCCUCUCUCCCCUCCCCCCCCCCACACUUUCACACACUCUGUCCCUCCCCGCACUCCCGCGUUCCCCUUUCGCGCAGAAAAUCGUUGCUGACGGCUGGAUGACGUGGGCCGGCGAGACGUACGGCGGAAAGCCCUUCCUCGCGGAGGUCAACAGCAAGGGCCCCGGCGCCCAGCCGUCGCGCGUCAAGUGGGCGAAGCCGGGCGUUACGUCAGCCGGUGACGUCAGCCAGUACAACCCGAACAGCUUCAUCCAGCUCCAGUCGUGGAUUGGCGCAACCAAGAUUCCCGUCUGA